AUGGGAGAGCCGAAUGGAGGUAGACACCAAUUGGUAGAAUCAGAGCUGAUUCCGAACAGCCUAAAAAUAGUGUUGUCUGCCAAGGUUAAGAGAGAGCUCGCGCCAUCCCGAUCAGGUUUCGGUCCCAGAAGAGGAAGGCACACAGAGAUCCUUGACUCGAUUCUCGCCGCCGCAGAUCGACCUCCAGCUGCCGUAAUGAGGCUGACAACUAACGGGCUUCGGGAGCGGAAAAGGGAGAGGAGACGGAGAACUCCACUAAUUGACCAGAACGGAAGUAAUCAAUUGGGAGAGGCCCCGGGAGCCGGCUACAAUUACAAUCCGGUGACGUCACCUCAAGUCUGUACCGUAAGAACUGUAUUCGGUUUCAGUGUAACAGUUAAUAAAGAGCAGGAUGUCGUUCCAGUAACAGGCUAUAAAAAGAAGGGCCGAAUGCCCACUACCCAUUACCCAUUACCCGCUACCCACUGCCCACUACCCAAGACCCAAUACCCAACUGCUUCUCAGGGGACGGCUCCUUACCAUUCACUUUAUGGCUAUAGUGAAACUUUGCUCACUGUGAGUGUUUCCAAGAUCCAUAGAUCUGACCGUAUCGUCAAAAUCGAGAUAGACCUGACCUAUACCCAGAGACGAGACCGAGCGGAACCUGUUACCUUGAGAAGACUAUUAAUCAAGACUCACCUGCCGCAGUCGAUAUUUCAGCUGCUGAGCACACAGCUGCAAGAAGUCGUGAACUUGCGGAAGGCAGACAAUAGGAAGCACAACCGCAUCCUCCGCGGCACGGCUAUGGCUUCCGAUCCCUGCUAUAUGGUCAGCACUUCUCCUACCGGACGUCCGCUCCCGGAAAUCCUACCGCAACAGGCCCUCGGUGCGUUACGCAUUUUGGCUGUGAGGGGAGGUGGAUGGGAAGGGGGGGUGUGGCCCACUAUCCGGUUAGAUUUCCUCAUUUAA